AUGGCUCCACACAGUCUUGUUAAAGAGGCUUCAUCAUUGUCGGCGACCUCGACAACCUCAAGUUCAGAGAAAGAGCUUGACACUGGUUUAACAACACUUAUCAACUCAAAUCCAUUUGGUAUUGCGUAUGACCCAGCACUGUUGCGUGGAUCGUCAUACACAUCGGCCACUACAAUUAUAAAUCAAGCGAUAUAUUCUGUGGCAACAAAGAUUUUUAGUUACGAAACGGUUGGCUCAAAGGAUAUUUUGGAUUCACACAUCCAGCUUUGGUCGUAUAAACAAUGGGGCAAUGCGUUUGAUGUUGUACCAUUUUUCAACAAAUUUGAAGUUCGUUCAGGUGCUAUGAAUGCAGUUCUUGGCUACAUGAACAAGAAUGGCACGCGUGGACAAGUACUUUCAGUUGUUACCGGUAUUGACGGAUUAGACUAUGCAAGAAACUCAUUAAGUGGCUCAAAGAAGUUACCCUUGGCAUUAAAUGUUUCCGCUAUUGAUUUUGAAAGCUCCGUGUUUGUCAAUAACUACGGUCGUGCCUCACGUCUUGCCAAUGACUUGAAUUUGCCCACAUUUACACCUGUUUCGUCUGGUGUAGAGAGCCAGCACUUGGCAAUCUUGAACCACUUUUUUGCCUUCUCCACCGGCAAACCCUCGAUGUUUUUAUUUGGAGGUGUUGAAUCGGCAAAGACUUUUAAGAAAUUCGAAGAUCUCUUAUCAGUUGCAGAGUUGGGUUCGUUGUACCAAAGUUUGCUCGACUCUGCUGAUGGUGAAAUCAGUAUCGACAAGGCUUUUGAGUUGUUGAACAAGUUUACUGGUAAAAAGUACUCACAAUUUGAAUACUUUGGCUCACCAGCAGCUGAAACCGUUUUUGUUGUUUAUGGAACACACUUGGCUGAAUUGUGGAGCAAACUUGCUGGCGACAAAAUUGGUGUUGUUGCAGUACGUGUUCCAUCACCAUUCAAUAGUGAACAAUUUUUGAGCGUUUUGCCAGAAGCUGCCAAGAAGUUGGUUGUGAUUAGUUCAAAUGACCCAUUAAGUGCUACAGUUUGUGCCACGGUAUUUUUGAGUGCUAGAGCUAGCACUUUAACCACUGAAACUUUUGAGUACCCAUUAGAUUUCAACUGGACACCUAUAACUGCAGUGAAGUUAAUUGCACAGUACACUGACAUUGAUGUUGAACAAUUGUUAAACCCUACAAAUCGUGAUGUCGAUGAAAUCAUCACGGCAAACUCAUCACCCGAUGGUAAGUACACAAUUUGGGGUAAGGAUAAUGGAGUGUUGCUCGAUUUGGCUAACAAGUUGGCGUUAUCGUUGUCAUUGGACAACUCCAAAAAUGUGGCUAUAAGAAAUGUGUAUGAUAACUCACGCUUGGGUGGUGUUUUUCAAUCGCAACUUUCUUCUACUUAUAUCUCACAAGGUAAUGGGGAUGUAGUGGAUGCUGCAGAUGUUGUCUUUAUUGAAGACUUGAGCCUUUUGGACUCGUUUGACGUUUUGGCAACUGCAAAGCCAGGAAGCACCAUUAUUCUUGUAAAUCAAAAGGCAGCUUUUGAUUUGGAAAAAGUUCCAACAAGCUUCAAGAAAACUUUAGCUACUAAUGAAAAUAAGUUGCUCGUUGUUGACUUGUCCAUUGUUGAUGCUUUAGAUGAGGCAAGCAGUGGGACUAAGGGAAUCACUUCAACACUUUUGUUGCAAUUGGCAUUUUGGAGAUCAGCAAUGCCAGAGUUGGGCGAUUUUAUCGUUAACAAAUUGUUGCAAGCCAAUGGGGGUUCUUUUGAGCUUUUGGCAACAGUGUUGGACAACUUUAUCAAGGUUGCCAAUGAAAAAAAUGCAAUUAUUGAAAUUGGCGUUUUGUCUGAAUGGUCUUUAUUAAAAGAUGACACUGCUGCUGAAACAGCUGAAGCCAAGGAAACAGAGAAACAAGUGGCUAGUGAAGCUGCUCAAAAGACUCAAGAUAAAGCCAAUGAGAUUAAAAAGGCCAAUAGUGCUGUUGAGAGCGGAAAGGACAAUGACAAUGUUAAAGAGGAGAAUUUGGAACCCAAAAUACUUUCAUACUUUUUAUCUGAAAAUGCCAUUGCCCCUAACCCUCGUGCAGUUAAAGAAGUUGAAGAAGAAACUAAUCUUGUUGCACCCAAAAACUUGGCCCAAAGAAUUGUGUUCAAUGAGGCUGCCGAUGUUUCUCUUGAUUUGCGUCCUGAUCUUCCAGUUAAAAACUUUGUUGUUAAAGUGCAAGAGAAUAAGCGUUUGACCCCUACCGAGUAUUCAAGAAACAUUUUCCAUAUUGAGUUUGAUAUAACUGGUACUGGUCUCAAGUAUGAGCUUGGUGAGGCUUUGGGUGUUCAUGCUAGAAACCCCGAGGCUGAAGUUGACAAGUUUCUUGAAUUUUACAAGGUUGAUGCAAAUUCAUUAGUUGAAUAUAGUAAUAGGGAAGAUCCUACCUAUUUUGAGACUAAAACAGCAAAGCAACUUUUGACAGAUAGUGUGGACUUUUUAGGUAAGCCACCAAAGAGAUUUUAUGAGUCAUUGGCCGAGUUUGCUACUGAUGACAAGGAGAAGGAACAUUUGGUCAAGAUUGCUAGUGCCGAGGGUGCAGCAGAGUUGAAAACGAGACAGGAGGUGAAUUUUGAUACUUAUUUUGAUCUUUUGCAAGAGUUUAAGUCAGCUAGACCAUCAUUUGCUGAAUUGAUAAAGAUUAUUUCGCCAUUAAAGAGAAGGGAGUAUUCUAUUGCCUCGUCGCAAAAGAUCCACAAGAAUGCUGUCCAUUUGUUGGUUGUUGUUGUUGACUGGGUUGAUCCAAAGGGACGUUUGCGUUAUGGUCAUUCUUCCAAGUAUUUGUCAGACUUGAAGAUUGGCGAUGAGUUAGUUGUGAGUGUUAAGCCAUCGGUGAUGAAACUUCCACCAUUAUCAACUCAGCCUAUUGUCAUGUCCGGUUUGGGUACUGGUUUGGCACCAUUCAAGGCGUUUGUGGAAGAGAAGAUUUGGCAACAACAGCAAGGAAUGGAGAUUGGGGACAUUUACUUGUACAUGGGUUCAAGACACAAGAAGGAAGAGUAUCUUUAUGGUGAGUUGUGGGAGGCGUAUAAAGAAGCUGGUCUUUUAACCCACAUUGGUGCUGCAUUCUCUAGAGACCAGCCACAAAAGAUUUAUAUCCAAGAUAAGAUUAGAGAGUCGAUUGAGGAAUUGACCGAUGCCAUUGUUGAGAAGAAUGGGUCUUUCUAUUUGUGUGGUCCUACUUGGCCAGUUCCUGAUAUCACAGCAUGUUUGGAGGAUAUUGUUGUUAAUGGUGCCAAGCGUAAGGGCGAAGAGAUUAAGGAGGUGAGCAAGGUGAUUGAAGAUAUGAAGGAAGAUGGCAGAUACAUCUUGGAAGUUUAUUAA